GCCCCGCCCCAGAUGUUCGAGAUCCCCGCGGAGAUGCUCCAGGGCAUGAUGGGCGGCGGCAUGAUGGGCGGGGGCCGCGGGGGGCCGCCGCCGACGGAGUGGCCCAAGACGGAGAACUCGGAGGUCGAGCCGGAGUUCGAGUGGCUGACGAACACCGAGUGGAAGGGCAAGACGUCCAGCUACCUGCUGCUCCGGGACGGCAUCGUCGAGUCGAGCCUCAAGGAGUGCGAGCCGGAGGGCCAGUGCCUGUGGGCCGCGAACGGCAACAGGGUG